AUGUCGCGGAUCAAAGCCUUGUUCUCCAAGUGUGCAGGCUUCUCCGGCGGCCUCAUCAGUGGCAAUGCGGAGCUCCCGCAGCUUCUCAUCCUCGGUCUCGACAAAGCUGGGAAGACAACUCUUCUUUACAGGCUGAAGAUCGGAUCGGGUUGGGGCGACAUCGUUGAAGAUAUGAAGAAGAUGAGGACGCCGGAUGCCGAUGGCAAGGUCGAGGAUCCCGGAUACCACUAUGAGGAGCUCAACCGCUCCUUCGCCUGCGGAGUCUGGGAAGUGCCCGGGACAGAAGCGAUGAGGCCGGUCUGGAAGCUCUUCUACCAGUCCAUCAAGAUCCACUGCGUGGUCUUCGUGGUCGACGCCAACGACAGCGAGCAGAGGAUUAACAUGGCGAAGAGACACUUGCACGUCUUGAUGAACGAGGACGGCCGAAGGGUACCGCGGGACCUCAUCUUGGGUGCGGAAGGAAGAAAGGUUCAAACCAAGCUGUCGGAGGAUUGCUUGUUUCUGUUAGUAGUUGGGAUGUUUAGGCGCAGCAACUAG